GACUUUAUCGUUAUCGAGCUGAGCGCGUAUUUUGCAGCACUACGGCUGUGGUUUUCGUUGCGUGCGGUUGUGUUUUGAUGGUUGGUUUUAUAUAGUAGUUGGUUGUCCCAUUAUCCCUAAUCGAAAUAGAGAAAAUUAAUAAUAAGUUGGUACGCCCAUAAAGCAAAGGGAGUCAUUACAAAGGACAAAGAAUUACAACGAAAACAGCCCCAACGAAUCCAAAACGCGUCGUUUCCGAGUGUUAUCGUUGCUGCUGCCGUUGUUGUUAAUGGUCUGGGAGUUGAAGAAGUAGCGGAGUGGGAGCAAAGGUAGCCGGCAUUUGAAGUGUAUUUGUAUUUACUUUGGCUUGCCGAGCCUGUACUCUAUCUUAGCCGUCAUCACCAUGUCGUCCACCGAGGUGAAAUUGUCUCGUCUAUUGGGACUAGCGCAAAAGUUUAAUAAUUUCUACUUGACAGGCUUUCAUAAGGAUGACAUACGUCCAUUUCUGGUUGGGGGUCAGCAAGUCGGUCUCAUUAAAGCGGAUGUCUACAAGCAGCUGCUCAAGUUUCCUGAAGUGUUCUGCAUACGUGACUGUCAAUAUACCAAGCAGGGUCUGGUUGAGCUGAAUCCGGCAUUCCGGGACUAUAACGAACGUACCGUACACCUGGAUGAAGUAUUACGUAAUCUGCGCAGCGAUGGCUCGUUCUCGGCAUUAAAAGGAUGGCGGGAUGAGUGCUUCGAGGUGAAGUUCGAGCACAAGGCACUGCUAAAGAUGGAGCGAGCGGCAACGCCGUUGUUUGGCGUACGUAAAUAUGGUGUAGACAUCAAUGGAUAUGUUCGGCAUCCGCAGCACGGCUUGUGCAUUUGGCUGCAGCAACGCUCCAACACCAAAGAAACCUGGCCUGGCAAAUGGGAUAAUAUGGUGGGCGGCGGUCUAUCUGUUGGGUUUGGCAUUAUGGAGACGGCCGUUAAGGAGGCCGCCGAGGAGGCAUCCAUUCCAAAAGAUCUCGUCAAGAACCUGGUUUCAGCCGGCUGUGUCUCGUUCUUUUUUGAAAGCGAUCAGGGUCUGUUUCCCAAUACUGAAUACGUGUUUGACUUGGAGCUACCAGUGGACUUUGUGCCACAGAACGCCGAUGGCGAGGUGCAGGCAUUCGAGCUGCUGCCGGCCAACGAGUGUGUGGAGCGCGUAUUCACGCCGGAUUUCAAGACAACAUCGGCGCCCGUGGUUAUCGAUUUCUUAAUACGACAUGGCUACAUAACAGCCGAGAAUGAAAUAAAUUUCACGGAGAUUGUGGAGCUGCUGCAUGUGCCGCUGCAGUCAUUGUACACGUACAAAACGCGUCUGGAGCAGAAACUGCAGCAGCACCAGUCGACACUGCCCAAGGACGAUAACAACUGCAACUGCGACAGUGAGCCAAAGAGGCCGCUGGAAAACGGGCACAACAAAAAGGAUGGCGCUUAGGCCUCAACCUAAUGGCAACGGAAAUUGGACAUCGAAUGGGAAAUGGAACGUGAAUCAUGACCACUGCAUAGAGCAGCUGUGGAUUUGUUUGAGAGACUGCUUUUGUAGUGGGAUUUGUGAAAUCC